GGAGGGAAGGGCGGUGCAGCGGCGAGGAGGCGCCGAGUGGCGGGCGACAUGUUCCAGGUCCCGGAGAGCGAGGGCGGCCGGACCGUCUCCAGGGCCAUGAAGCCCCCAGGAGGAGAAUCGAGCAAUCUUUUUGGGAGUCCAGAAGAAGCUGCUCCUUCAAGCAGGCCCAAUAGGAUGGCAUCUAAUAUUUUUGGACCAACUGCAGAACCUCAGAACAUACCUAAAAGGACCCAUCCCCCAGGGGGGAAAGGAAGUGGUAUCUUUGAUGAAUCGACGCCUGUGCAGAUGAGACAGCGUCUGAAUCCACCUGGUGGGAAGACCAGUGACAUUUUUGGGUCCCCAGUCGCUGCCACUUCACCCUUGGCACACCCAAACAAACCCAAGGACCACGUGCUCUUGUAUGAAGGAGAAGACCCAAAGUUGGAUCUUAAAGCUGCAAUGAGCACCUCACCCAGAGAAGAGCCUGGUGAGAAAGGCAGCCGGAGAGAAGCCGAGUGCACCCAGGAGCCCCAGCCCACACCCACGCUGGACAGCCAUGAGCCCAGGUUGGGCCCGCGGCCUCGCUCUCACAACAAAGUCCUGAACCCACCCGGAGGCAAAUCCAGCAUCUCUUUCUACUAAAAGAAGC